CGAGCGUUGUUUUGUACGCAUCGAAACGUGGUUACGGAUUGCAGGAAGGGGACGAUAAAACGCGUUCUCUCUCUCUCUCCCCCUCUCAUACACGGAUACGAACUACCUAUACGGAUCUCGCUGUUACACACAGGUACACGGGACGGGAGGACGGUGUGUACGUACGCGUGCGCGCGAGGAGUUCUUUUCAGUGCUUCGCUCGGAGCCCGACACAAUCUCAGUCGCGCAACAACCGCCUCGCGAAGGUCGAAGAGCAGUUAAUCGAGGGAGCGAUAGGAGAGAGAGAAAAAAAGGGAGCAGUCCGCCACCGUUUCUACCCCAUUCUCGCGUGUAUCAGCGUACACAUACUCUUUUCUUUUUUUACUUUUAUAUAUAUACGUACAUCGUGCAAUUUUGUGGAAUCUUGUCUCGAGUGAAGUACUUACUUUACCCCGCCCCAGAUUGAUCUGUUACUUCCUACCCUCCUUUCUAUCGUCGCGCGCGAGUGUUUGAGUGAAAGAGGAAGAAAUUUCGUUCUCGAGGACCAUCGCAGUGUGGUGGAUAAAUCGCAGAGCGUGACGUCGAUCACCAGGAGCAGCGCGAGAGAAACGAACACAUCUCUAGAUAUUCGCGACUACUGUGACUCGCAUGACGAUAGUCCGCGCGCGGUGAAAAAUCAACGGUCACCACAUCCGGCAGCUCCGUUAGUCGGGCGUACGUGUAUAUAACACACCACCAUCUCCGGAACAAUUCCCCGCCGGUGGCAAGACGGCCGAUCGUGUGGACGUCCUCGGUGCUAUCCCGGUGCGAGCGACGACAACAGCCCAAAGAUUCUUCCACCAAAGGCCAAGAUGCAUAUCGAGGUGCAGGUGGCGCUUAACUUCGUGAUAUCGUAUCUCUACAACAAACUGCCGCGCAGACGGGUCAACAUCUUUGGCGAGGAGCUCGAGAAGGCGCUCAAGGACAAGUUCAAGGGCCACUGGUAUCCGGAGAAACCGUUCAAGGGCUCGGCUUUCAGGUGCCUGAAGACCGGCGACCCGGUCGACCCGGUGCUGGAGCGCGCCGCCAAGGAGAGCGGCGUGCCGAUCCAGGACAUCCUGGAGAAUCUGCCGGCCGAACUCGCCGUCUGGGUCGAUCCCGGCGAGGUGAGCUACCGAAUCGGCGAGUUGAACGCCGUGAAGAUCCUGUACUCGGAGACCGGCGACCCGCACGACGAGACCUCGGCCGAUCGCGAGGUCACUAAGACCUUCAAUCCGGAGGCGCAGUGCUUCAGGCCGAUCGAGGCCGUCAGCACGUCCCUGAGCGGUCUCAGCCUCAGCCCCAAAUCCACCUCGCCGUUCUCGAGCUCGCUCGGCAGUAACACUAGCAACGGCUCGUCCAACAAUCAGCAGAACGGUCACGGGUCCGGCUCCUCGUCGGCACCCUCGCCCACGCCCAUUACCAGCUCCUUUAAGGGCUCGCCCAGCCCCGUGCCGGCCUUCAUCCCGCGUACCACCGCCCCGCUUACCUUCACCACCGCCACCUUUGCCCAGACCAAGUUUGGCAGUACCAAGCUUAAGACUAGCAGCAAACGCGCCAACAGGAUGUCGCCCACCGAGUUCUCAAACUAUAUAAAGCAGCGCGCAGCGAUGCAGCAGCAGAUCCACCAUCACCACCACCAUCAGCAGCAACAGCAGCAGCAGCAGCACCAACAGCCGCCGCAACAACAGCCACCGCAGCAGCAGCAACAGCAGCAACAGGUGACCGCGGCCGGUGGAGCGGGUCUGCCGGUCUCGCAGAGUUCGCCGCGUAGUCGCAGUCUAUCGCCCGGUAGCAUAGUCGCCGCGGCGGGUGCCGCGCAGCAGCACACGGACCCGAGCGCAUACUUCUUCCAACACGGCCCGGCCGCAGCAGCGGCGGCGGCGGCGUAUCACGCGCAGUUCCCCCAUCGCAACAUCUUCGACUCGUCGAACCAUGGCGGCUAUCUGCCGGCCGAUCUCUACGCCGGUGCCAAAUUUCCGUCGUCGUAUCUCGACCCGACCGCGCUCGCCGGCCAUCAGUUUUACGGCGGCGGCAUGAACGGCACCGGCGCCACCGGCACCGGCGGCAGCGUGAACGGCACGGGUACCGGCGCCGCUGGUACCCAGAGCACCGGCAGCGGUAACCUUGGCCCAAUCGGCUCCGCAACGACCAACGCCGGCGCGGCAGCGGCAGCGCAACAGCAACAGGAUAAGAGCGCCCUGGUCGAGGGCCUCAACAACUUCGGCCUCAGCUCGGUCGCGCCCUACCCGGCCAGCCAGUAUCAGCAUCUGCUCGUGGCCAACUAAUACCUCGCCGCGCGUGCUCAUCAAACCAUCAAUGUCGGCAAUGCUGCCGCGAUGGGACGCCGACAGCAUCGGCGUCCCGACGCGCGCGGUCCCGCCUUCGUCAUCGGUGCCGCUGGUCCAACGGCGGGCAGGAAGGAGAACGGGAGACCGUUGUCUCCGAGGUUCCGUCGCCGAGACGGCGUCCAGAGUCCGGCUUCCGUACCUUGAUAACUGGAGUCUGUUCCACUCUGUGUCUCUCUUCUCGGAUCGCCCCAGCAAACGGUCGACAAGAUUUAUCUGUCCUCUCCUGCGAUUCCCAUCAUUCUCAGGACGCUCUUUCGUUCGAUUUUUCCCAAUACAAGGAAUUACUUUGUACACGUAUAUAUAUAUAUAUAUUAUCGGUAGCUAUCGACGACCGUGGGAGAGAUAAAGAGGAAGAGAGAGGAGCCGCCUGGGCGAUCGACACCGAUGACGAUUACGGAAGCGAUCGAGACGAGGAAAGAAGGUGCGAUUGGACGGAGAGCGUGUGCGUGUGGAGACGAUGUCUGGUUCCGAGAUGUACGUCUGAUUGCGAGGUAGCGUGUGCGUGAAAAACGUUUUAGGCGUGGAGGAGAGAAGAGGAGGAAAAGGAGAAAGGAAAUGGCUAAAAACGACUAACGAGAGCGUGUAUAUGUGUUAAAGUUGAAACACCCGAUGAGGACUCGAUUGCGAUGCGACGGCGCGAGGUGCUCGUUCGACGAUAGCCGCGUCGCGCCGUGUAACUACUGUACACAACACACAUACAUACGUAUAUAUAC